AUGGGCUUGUAUGUUGAAGAAUAUGUCCCAGUAUUUUCGAGUCUCCUCGACUUCAUGACCCCCGAAGAAAUCGAGCGCCGGAGCGAAAGUCUAGGGAACUAUUGGCUCAGAUACUGGCAAAGGCAGAAGCAAAAGGAUGAUCGCGAAGCACGUAUUGAGACAUGUCUGAUCAAGAUCCGCAAAGCACUGAACGAACUUCGGGGAAGGAACACGAAGAUGUUGAAACUGAAGGGACAUUGGAAGCGCCUCGAUCCAGCAAAUGACGCUGCCCAAGCGAGCUGGCAACAUCAGCGGCAGAAGCAGCGUGGUUAUAAGAAGCUCGGCAAGCACAUGAGAUGA